CGAUAUAUUUAUUGAUGAAACAGAGUGGUUAUGUUUAAACUCGCAUGGUAAAUAUAAUGCCAACUGUUCUGCAGUAACGUCACACCAUAUUUCUUCAGCAAUUUAUGAUGUUGUGGAUGAAGGCCUAAAGGAUCCGAUUAUAUAUCAACAAGAAGGAUAUGUUUGUAAGAGAAGGCCAAAAAGAAGCCAUUCAACUCCACCCUUUUACAGAGGCAAGAAAAAAUUCUUCACCUUAAAUACACAUUUGGCCAUGGAAGCAAAAAAACUCAAAGCCCAGGCCAUCAAUAAUGCCCCUACUUCACAAGAAACGAGUGGGUUGAAGCAUCCUCAACAAUCAUCUGGUGAAUGUCAACUAUAUUCUGAGCCAAAUUCUGUGGAAGAUCCAUUGAUCUACACCAGACCAGAUAAGAAGAAAGCACAUGACAUGAAGGACAUUAAAAAAUGUGAUACACAAAAAUCAGAGGAUCUUAACAUUUACAGUAAGGAUUUGGUUGAAGACUGCACAUUGAAUGAAUCUCAUGAUCCAUUAGAUUCUGGGCUAAAAUGGCAGAAGAGUUGUCUACGGACUGCAAGGGGAGACAAAUUACAUAAUCUUCAGAAUGAGAGUAAUAUACUUGAUGUCUCUUCUGGGAUCUUGCAUCUGGCUGGUGAUUCAUUAGUUCCUGAAUCUAUCAAUAAGAAUUGUCUGGAGGAUGCCAAAGUUCUCCAACAGGUGGAUAAGAAGUUCAUUCCAAUUGUGGGUGGUGGAGUGCUUGCUAUUAUUGACCAGCAUGCUGCAGAUGAAAGGAUCCGCUUGGAAGAACUACGUCAGAAGGUGCUAUCUGGAGAAAUGAAGACAGUCACUUACCUAGAUACUAAGCAAAAAUUGGUCCUGCCUGAAAUAGGGUAUCAGUUGUUGCACAACUAUGCUGAUCAGAUUCAAAAUUGGGGUUGGCUCUGCAACAUUCGUUCUCUGGGUUCAAGGUCUUUUAAAAAGAAUCUGAAUCUUCUACACAGGCAGCCAACUGUUGUCACACUUAAUGCGGUGCCGUGUAUUGUAGGAGUCAAUUUGACUGAUGUAGAUCUCUUGGAAUUUCUUCAACAGCUUGCUGAUACAGAUGGAUCAUCAACUAUACCGCCAUCCGUUCAUCGGGUCCUUAACUCCAAAGCAUGUAGAGGUGCAAUAAUGUUUGGGGACACAUUGCUACCUUCAGAGUGUUCCCUAAUUGUGGAAGAGCUGAAGCAAACAUCAUUGUGUUUCCAAUGUGCUCACGGGCGACCAACAACUGUCCCUCUUGUCAACUUGGAGGCAUUGCAUAGGCAGAUAGCUAAGCUUGGAUUGUGGAAUGGUGGUUCUAAUGAAUUGUGGCAUGGGUUACAUCAGCAUGAACCAAGUUUAGAACGUGCAGCACAGCGUUUGAGCUUUGCCAGAGGUCUGUCUUGAUGAGUAACCAGUUGGUUUUCCAGAUUCAGUGGUGGCUGUGGUUCUCCACCAACAUGCCUUUUUUCCUUGCCACUGUGAACCCAUUCUUUCAAUUUGUUAUGUAUAGUUCUCAUUCUGACCGCUGAAGUACCAAUAAUAUGUUGUACCAGUGUAACAGAGUCGCUUGUAGUUUGUAACGACAGGUAUUUGCACACAAUAAAAUCACACCUUAUUUUUUCA